UCCAAGUUGGUUUCAUUCCCGCCAGUCGCUUUCAGAAUGCCAAACCAGAUGCAUCCAUUGAAUCUAUCGCUCCUGGCAGUUCUGAUCCUUCUCCUGCUUGGCUUCGCCUGCCAGGCUGUGGAGUUGCCCACGCUGGAUGCCUCAGUGCUGGAGAAUGUGGAUGUGGAUCAGCUGAAAGCCAACUAUUUACCAGAAGGAUUGCGUAACACCAAUGUCACUUUGGAUGAUUUGCAUCGUCUGCUGGAGUCCAAGUGUCGGCGGGCCAAUAAGGAGCCAGUGAAUGCCACUGCCCUGAGUAAAGCCAUUGAAACGGCUGGAGGAAAACUGGUGGAAUGUCUCUCCGGUCUGGCCAAUAUGACGGAGAUCCAAGCGGAGAUUGCCGAGGCCAGUCCCAAGGGUGAUUUGGAUGUGGUUUUCGAGAAAUACUGCCUGAGGAUGCCACGGGCCAAGGCCUGUCUCAAGGAUUUCAAUAAUGCCUUGCUGCCUUGCCUGAACAGUGAGGAGCGUGCUCAUAAUACUGUCCUUCAGCGUAUUGCCGAUCGUCUGCUGGAAUUUAUUUGCUACAAGAAUGGUGACCAGAUUGCUCUAUUUAUUGCCGAGCAAGGACCCGAGUGCCUGGAUCAGAGUCGUGAGGGUAUUGCCAAUUGUCUAAAUGCCACAUUUGGUGGCUAUUUGCCCAAGGAGUUGACCCCCGAUUGGACCAAUGGCGAUAAGUUGCCGGAAUUGGUGCUGGGACCCCGUCAAUGUGUGGAACUCUAUGACUUUGAGACCUGCACUGUGCAAUUGCUGGAACGAUGUGAAGUGAUCACACCCAGCAAUAUUGUGGAGUCCAUGUUCCGAUACGUGAGGCGAGAGUCCUCCUGCCAGGCAUCCAUUGACAAGGCCAUGGCACAGCGGAGGAGUGCCUUGCCCCUGGUUGCUGGUAAAGAUGGAGCCCCAGGAUUGGUUACUACCUGGACACUGGGCAGCCUGCUCCUUCUCACUGCUUUUCUAACCCGUCUCUAGGCUUUUGUUUUUCCUUCUUCUUCUGUGUGUGUAUUUUUUUUUGUUUAAAUGAUAUUUUAUAAUUAUGUUUAAUAAACUUGGGCAAGAGUUUGCGGCAGGGAAUGCGACUGCGACUGCUGCCAUCGGCGUAAGCCGCUUAACGGA